AUGGCAUCAGUCAUACCAGUAGAGGAGAAGCAGCCCAUGGAUGUCAAACUAGGAGAGCUGCUAAACUGGAUACUGAUGUGGGAUUUCACCUCUAAAGGCAUUGCUGGAGCUUUUCAAAAAGAACAUGAGCGGCUGUGCAAGUACUACUGA